CUUCAUAUCCACCUUCCAAAAUCCCUAGAAUCCCACUCCAAAAUCCACCCCAAACCAUCCCAGCCUCAACCCACCAUGGCCUCAACGCCCCAUUCCCUCUCCUCUCCUCUCCCUCCCCCUCUCCCUCCAACUCUCCAUCUACGAACUCGCCCUCAUCUCCCCUCCCCCCCUCCUCCUCGACUGCCCAUGCGACAGCUCGUAUCGCACUCGCAAGCCCCAGGAGCUAAUCGACCACGCCGCUGGAUCACCAGCAACCUCCAACCCCCCUCCCAGCCCCGCUCACCCGCACCUGCCGCGCACUGCACCGCAUCACGCCGCCCAUCUUCUACAGCGACAACGUCUUCCGCGUGCGCUACUGCAACCACGUCGGCGCGGACGUGCUAGCAGGGCCACUCGCGUGGCUGCGCGCGCUGGGGUUGGCGAACCGCGCGCGGCUGCGGUGGCUGUUCUUCUACGACCGCAAUCCGCGGCAUGAUUCGUGGAGUGGGGAUGUGCAGAAGGCGAGGGCGCGGCCGGCGGUGGUGGAGCUAGGGGCAAGGUUUGAGACGGUUAGUGACGAC